UAACAGCGUGAAGUGUCGUGGCGACUGCUACGUACAUAGCGUAAACAAGCUGUGUUGUGUUGAGCGUCAGCUGAGAAUUGAACUCCAGGGAGUGACGCUCUGGUGAUGAUGAUGAUGUUGUGCCUUUGAGUUGGGUGCUGGAGUGAGGACGCUGCUUCCCUCCCCUCUGCCUUCCCACACAGCCAGAAGAGGCGGAGCCUCAGCUAGUCCCCAUUGCAGAGUUCAGAUUCCUGCUGCUCACUCUCUCACUGAGCUUCUACAGUCACAGGAGGAAGAAGCAGAAAACCUCUCCUACUGCCAAAUGAGUCUCCACGUCCUAAUUCUGCACAGAUCAGCCUCUGGAAGAUAAGCAAACUGCACAGACUGCCCUCCCCUCUAUCGCCUGCUACAACUAUAGAGGAAGCAUACGCCUAAGGGUCCCCACCUCUGCUGGUUUAGAGCUUGUGGGUCCCCUUUUGCCACCCUUGGAGAUGCUCCAAAGAUUCUUCCUCUCAUCAGCAAAAUCUUGGGGCAUUCAUUCCCGAGGGAAGGUUGGUCACCCCUGGUACAGAUACAUAGAGGUUGACGGACGAUAAAGACUGGACUUUCCGAGCUUGACUUGUCUUCAUCCAAGCAAAAUUUGUUCUUUCUUCCCCUCCUUCAGCCCACCCACCCCCCUCUCUACCAAACACACGGGACCCUUCACAUCCCAUCUGCUUUUCUUUAACCCAAAAAAAUCCUUGGGAAUUUACUGUGCUGAGAGGGGGGGUUUACUCAUGGCUUUCCUGGCUAAGAAGAAGAAAUUUAAGUUCCAGACCAGCUUUACAUUGGAAGAGCUGACUGCUGUGCCAUUCGUAAAUGGGGUUCUGUUCUGCAAGGUCCGGCUGUUGGAUGGUGGUGACUUUGUGUGCCUGUCCAGUAGGGAGGAAGUCCAGGAGAACUGUGUGCGCUGGGGGAAGAAGUUUACCUUUGUGUGCAAAAUGAGCGCUAACCCAGCCACUGGCGUGCUGGACCCGUGCAUCUGCAGAGUGUCCGUCCGCAAGGAACUCAAGGGUGGAAAAACAUACUCAAAGCUGGGUUUUGCUGACCUGAACCUGGCAGAGUUUGCCGGCUCUGGAUCCACGGCACGCUGCUGCCUGUUGGAAGGAUACGAUACGAGAAACACAAGACAGGACAACUCUAUACUGAAGGUCACCAUUGGGAUGUCUCUGCUCUCUGGAGACCCCUGCUUUAAAACGCCUCCAUCAACAGCCAAAUCGGUUUCUGCCCCUGGACAGGAUUCUUCCCUACAGUUGACCUGUAAGGGUGAAGGAACUGUGCGCAGCGCAAGCAAUACUGUACGCCAGAACAGAAGUCGCCAGGCAAUGCUUGGCUCAGGGAUGUUUGAUGAAAUAGAUCAGAACCUCUCAAGUCCAGAGGAAAUGUCCCACUCUGGGCAUUCUCGUAACUCCAGCCAGGCCAGCCAGCAAUCCAAAGUAUCAGGUCACAGCUCUGAACACUCCCGCUGCUCUAGCAUGUCAGACCUGACGCACAGACGGAACACGUCCACAAGCAGCAGCGCCUCGGGAGGGAUCAGCAUUACUGCGGAAGGACCAGAGGGAGACCGUGAUGCCAAACCAGAAAAGCCACCUCGGCCUCCCAGACCACCACAGCUGCAUGACAGAUCAUCCAGGAGAAAGAAGGACACCGUGGAGAGUCAACCUACAUGGGUGGAUGACACCAGGAUAGAUGCAGAUGACAUUGUGGAGAAGAUCAUGCAAAGUCAGGAUUUCACAGACGUCAGCAACAACGAAGACAGUCACCUGAGGCUCUUUGUCAGCAGAGACGGAUCAACCACACUGAGCGGUAUCCAGCUGGGCAACAGGGUGUCUGCUGGUGUCUUUGAACCGGUGGUGAUUGAAAUCCAUUAAAUUUAAGAGAGCACAGACUCGGUUGUUGCUCCCAGGCUCCGAACCAGACUUUUGCAUUCCAGGCCAGACAAACUGGGAUCCCUUCACACGAAAAGACGCUGCAUAUUUUUUUUAGGGCUGAAAUGCCCCAUCACCCCCUUUCCUGUCUCAUCCUGGCAUCUAUCCAGUGUGCAUGUUUCUGCGAUCUGUGACAGCAAAUCGUCCGUUUUCGAAUCACCGUGAAUCUAACCAGGCUUCCGCGGAGAAUGCCCCUGACUACGGAUGCUCAGCAUUCCAAAUCCAGAUUUGCUUCAUGCUGCGGAGUAGAGGGCAGAAGAUCAUCACAUCAUUCCAAAUGUGUGCAGGAAAAAUCUAAUCCUUGUUUCAUGAUCUUAUCCAGAACUUCUAUAUGGGGGGGGGGGGGGGGUGACCAUCUCUGCCUUGUAAAGUUUACAGUUCCAGGAGGCAUUCAGCUCGUGCAGACAAACAAGGCGAAUAUCAAUAUAUUUGACUGCAAUGAGGAUAAAGUUUAAAUUGAACUUCAGUUAUUUCAAAUUACAAAAGUCAACCCACUCACCUGACGCAGAGGAUAAAUAAUAAUGAAGAUGAAUCAGAAGUUAUGAUACAGAGCUGAUGUCAAGCGGUGGAGCUGUAAACCCGCGGGCAGAUUUUAUACUGGGUUUAACUCUUAACUAUCUGUGUUGUUCAAUUGAAAGGUACCAUUCCUAACGUCAUUAGUUAUGUCUCCUGGCUCCUUCUCCGCACCACAAAAAUGUAAUAGAACGAGAAAGAAGUCAGUGCAGAACAGGAGCUAGUCCCUAUAAUAGGUCAUACCACACAGCUGGGCUGUAAAUUCAAUGAGGCACCCGCUGGAAGGGGCCAAGACAUGCAGCAGGUCUGCAGACGCCCUCAGGUAGGGAGUCAUGUAAGGCAGCUGGUCUGUAUUUAACCCUUGGGGACUCUGCAGGUUGGAGUACUAGAACACAGCUGAGCUGUGCGAUUCCUUAAGGUGACACAAUGUAAACAGCUGGACUGUGACAAUCUCAUAGGGAGUCAGCGCAGGGGAGACACAGCUGGGCAGUGCAAUUCCCCAGAUUAAGGACCUCUUAAGUCUACAAGCUGAGAUCAGGAAGUCCACACGUUCUGUACUGGAGUCUUUCUCCCAAACAUUCCGCUACGUGAGAUCCCAAGAGUGAGCCAGGGGCCAGCUGUGCAGGUCACGGCGUCUGUUCCCUGUUAGGUUCCAGUGUACCCAUUUCCACAGUUGCACAGUUUUUUUUGUUUGUUUUUUGAAGAGCCAGCCGGCUGGUGUUUCAUUUCAAUCUUGUGUCUUUUCUAGAGUUUUCAAUGUGAAUAUUUUCUUCUUUCAACUUAAAUCAAACUAACUUUCCAUGGAGCAAUCUGGUGCUCCAGAUUUUUUGUUUUUUUCAAAUAUGUUUUUAUUUUAUACCUUUUUUUUUUUUUUUUCUUUUUCAUUCUCUGCACUGUGAAGCUGGCUGUUUCUCUAUUUUGGCCAAACUGGUGCCAGUGCAGUUUUUUCUAAGGAGUAUGGUAUCCUACUACGUUUAAGGGUCACUCCUAAAUCGCCUUUUUUUAUUUUUAUUAUAAAAUCCAUGCAUGACCGCUAACCUCCUUUUUUUUUUUUUUUUAUUAAUUAACUGCAAAACGAUGCACAAGCGAGGUUAGCAGACAAACGUUCUUGAUCUGUACAAAGACCACUCUAAUUUUGGGCACUUUAAUGAUAGGUGGAGUUGGUGCAGGGAUAUUGAAUCAUAUUUUUAUUUUUUGUUCUCUCCAAGAGCAGCCAUUGUCUACAAAAAAAACUAUGUAAGACUUUGCAAGUGAUGACUAUUAUUAUCAUCAUUUUUAUUUUUUUUAAAUUCACUCAACCCACAACGCCUGCUUGAGGAGUCUAAUGAAGCACAGCACUUACGGAGUUAAUUAAUACUCCGGAAACACCACUAAUAUAGUUUCCCUAUAUCCCCUUUUUUUUUUUGCUCUUCGGAAGAUAGGAGAUAAUGCUCAGGUCAGACUUUGGAUUAUGUGUUAAAGUGUUCAACAAAUAAAGCCAAUUUUCUUUUUUAAAACUUGUUUAGGGGUCUUGUAGGGUGUAGUCUCUUAACAGUGAGAAUCCUUAACUUGAUGCAGUUAAAGCAUAUGCUGUAGUACGGUUUCAUUUUUGUGUCUGUUAAAAGCGUUUCAUUUUCCUUAAUAUUGCUCAUUUAGGGUUUUUGGAGAAAAGGCUAAUGUAAUGCAGCUGUUUGCAGGUUAUAGAAAAUUAGGCAUAAUAUGAUGUCACAGGCCUAGUAAGUUGCGAUGACCAGCAAGACCCUCAUAGCAGACAAAUAUGGAGGGUCUCUCGUAAAUCAGCUGGAAUACUUUGAUUUAAUUCAUAUUAACUAAGCAGCGCUCCAAGACAAAUCAGACUUGGACAAACGCUUUAAUACACUUUUUUUUUUUUUAUUGUCAAGCACCAAAAAAAAAUUAAAAAAAAAAUGGUGUAGGUUAAAAUUAAUAGGACAAAAUAGUGAUUAGCUUUCUAUUAUUUUAUAUAGACUGGUAUCUGAAGGCAAAAUACAAUUACUCCAGAAAUCUGUGGCCUAAUGUUGAUUAAACCUAUUCUCAGGGAUGUGCCACUAGUCUGUGAUUUUGGGAUUAACAGAAUAAUAUUAUGCAGUCUUAAAAUAUAUAUAUAUUAAAGGGACAUUCUUGUGUAAAAAUAAAUACAAUGUUAAACACUUAGUAGCAUUGCCGCAACACCCUUUAUUUUACUAUAGAUGAGGAUAUGGCCAGUGACCGUAGCGUACACAUUUAUGCCUGUUUCUCAUUGGCUCACUAGCUGUAUGUUCAUCUGCAGUGGCACGGAAGCACAACAGAGGUUAAAUAUAUACCAUAGUUUUAAUAUAAAAAAAUGCUGUUAUUAAAUAGAAUUUUUUUUUUUUUUUUACACUAGAACGCCCCUUUAAGGAAAAAAUCUGGCAUGUCUUUGCUCCCAGAGCCAAGACUGCCUUAAACAUUCCAUUCUAUAAUUUCUCUUGUACAACUUUAUUAUUAUUUUAUUUAUUACAAGUCCACGUCAGUUUAAGUGGUCGAUUUAUCAAGCUGCGGCAGACAGGGGCGCGUAUGCAGCUUGCCGCUGCCGGAAUUCAGCAUUGCACACGAGCGCUAUUUUGCACUCAUGUGCAUCCCCGCCCCCUGCCCCCCGGUCGGAGCUAGCAAAAAGUUAGGGAAACAGCGGUCUAAUGACCGCUGCUCGUUAAAUACGGACUGCAGGUUCUCUUGUGAGAACCUGCAGUCAUGGGGGGGGGGGGGGGGCUAAGCCUGCCGAAGGCUUUGAUAAAAUUGACCCCUAAAAGUAAUUUAAAUUUGUAGUUAUUAGAUUAAUUCACUGUUUCGUGUGUACGUUUACCAGUAAAAAAAGAAAAAAAAGUUAUCUUUUCACUAUUUUAUAUAUUUUUUGGAUGGUUUACUGUACUUUUGUUUGUUUGUUUUUUGCGCAACCUAUAGCCCGGUUCCAAAAAUUGACAUUGUGUUUUAUUUAUGACACUGGGCGAAAUUUAAGCUAAUAUUUUUAUUUAAACAAUUGUAAAAUUUAGUGUAAAUUUAUCAGCUACUAAGAAAGGGGGACGUGAUUGUAUUUUCCAGAGACGACAUAGGCUAAUUCGUUAACCAAUAAAAAAUGCCAAUUCUCUGAUUAAUCCCAAAAUCCAGUAUGACUAAGACACCAUGAGGAUUAUUGAAAACCACUAUCUUAAUGCAAUAUUAUUUUCUUCUGAAAUCUAAAAAUGACCAAUAUUCAUUUAAAUAAAUUAGUAUGAUUCCAGAUGAUAAAAUAUAUAUAUACACAUUUAUAUAUAUACAGAGAGUUCUAUUUAGAAAAUAAAGCUAUUUUUGCAAAGGGAAUUGUCCAGAUGUGCACAUAAUUCAGAAUCUGUUGCUAAUGUGAAGAGGAAGAUAAAGAUAUAGUUUUGCAUACAGCAAAGUUAAUCCUGUGUUUUCUAUUUUGUAAAAUGCUUGUAAGGAAGAUUUUACAGUUUCUACAUCUCUUCUGUUCAAAUAAUUGUAAUUUGAAGCUCUGAUUCGGAUUUUGCCUAAUUGGGAAUCAGUAGCUUUGGGGAGAGGUUUGGGCAAAAUAAAGAUUUUUUUUUUUGGUUAA